UAUGGUAUGGACCGGGCUACAUGUUGCCCAACAUGCCAGUGCAAAUGUUUUCUCAAUUAGGUGUCUUAUCUCCCGUGAGUUAGCAUCAGAUGAAGCUUGCUGACAGCAUAAUGGCAGGGAAAACCUCCGACGGCUCCAUCAAAUGGCAGCUCUGCUACGACAUCUCGGCCAGAACUUGGUGGAUGGAUGAAUUUCAUCCCUUCAUCGAAGCACUUCUGCCUCACGUCCGAGCGUUUGCGUACACGUGGUUCAACCUGCAAGCCCGAAAAAGAAAAUACUUCAAAAAACAUGAGAAACGCAUGUCAAAAGAGGAAGAGAGAGCCGUGAAGGACGAACUGCUAAGUGAAAAACCCGAGGUAAAGCAAAAAUGGGCAUCCAGACUUCUGGCAAAGCUCCGGAAAGAUAUCAGGCCUGAAUUUCGGGAGGAUUUUGUUCUCACAGUCACAGGAAAAAAGCCUCCGUGUUGCGUCCUUUCCAAUCCAGACCAGAAGGGCAAGAUGAGAAGAAUUGACUGCCUUCGCCAGGCAGAUAAGGUCUGGAGGUUGGACCUCGUUAUGGUGAUUUUAUUUAAAGGUAUUCCGCUCGAAAGUACUGAUGGCGAGCGCCUUGUAAAGUCCCCACAGUGCUCUAACCCCGGGCUGUGCGUACAGCCCCACCAUAUAGGAGUUUCUGUUAAGGAACUCGAUUUAUAUUUGGCAUACUUUGUGCACGCAGCAGAUUCAAGUCAAUCUGAAAGUCCCAGCCAGCCAAGUGAAGCUGAUAUUAAGGACCAGCCAGAAAAUGGACAUUUGGGCUUCCAGGACAGUUUUGUCACAUCAGGUGUUUUCAGUGUGACUGAGCUAGUAAGAGUCUCACAAACACCAAUAGCUGCAGGAACAGGCCCUAAUUUCUCCCUCUCAGAUUUGGAAAGUUCUUCAUACUACAGCAUGAGCCCAGGAGCAAUGAGGAGGUCUUUACCUAGCACAUCCUCUACCAGCUCUACAAAACGUCUCAAAUCUGUGGAGGAUGAAAUGGACAGUCCUGGUGAGGAGCCGUUUUAUACAAGCCAAGGGCGCUCUCCAGGAAGUGGCAGCCAGUCAAGUGGAUGGCAUGAAGUGGAGCCAGGAAGAGGAAACUCACUGGUCAAACCCUUGGACACCAGAAUAGUUGCAUGCAGUUUCCCAGGGAGCCAGAUAGCUCUAAAGCUUCCCAGAUAUCUAAGAAACCCCGAACACCGCGGAGCACUACAUGGAAUGCCAUCGCCAACUACAUUAAAGAAGUCAGAGAAGUCUGGUUUCAGCAGUCCCUCGCCUUCGCAGACCUCCUCCCUUGGAACGGCUUUCACACAGCACCAUCGACCUGUCAUUACAGGACCCAGAGCAAGUCCACAUGCAACACCAUCGACUCUUCAUUUUCCAACAUCACCCAUUAUUCAACAGCCUGGGCCAUACUUCUCACACCCAGCAAUCCGCUAUCAUCCUCAGGAGUCUCUGAAAGAGUUUGUCCAACUUGUCUGCCCCGACGCUGGUCAGCAGGCUGGACAGGUGGGGUUCCUAAAUCCCAAUGGUAGCAGCCAAGGCAAGGUGCACAAUCCAUUCCUUCCUACCCCAAUGUUGCCACCACCACCUCCGCCACCAAUGGCUAGGCCUGUGCCUCUGCCAGUGCCAGACACAAAACCUCCAACUACAUCAACAGAAGGAGGGGCCACCUCUCCCACUUCUCCAACCUACUCGACACCCAGCACCUCCCCCGCAAACCGAUUCGUCAGUGUUGGACCACGGGAUCCAAGCUUUGUAAAUAUCCCUCAACAGACUCAGUCCUGGUACCUGGGAUAAAAGUCUCCGCUUCCCACCACCCACCGGACAGACCACCUGACCCCUUCCCACCUCUGUAACACGAAGCAGCAGCAACGCAGCGCAGCGACUUCACAUCGGCGGAAGGGGAGGCGAGCAGACACCGACAGCAAACUCGUACAUGGAAAUGGCAAACGUUAUGGUUGAAUGGCAAAGGCCGUAACUUUUUCGAGAUUUUUUUUUUUUUUUUUAGACAACUUUAGGACUGUUGUAAUUUCUCCUAUGGUGCUGGAAAUGGUUGGGCUUCAUAACUUUUGAAGUGUUUCAUUGGUAGUGUAAGCGUUAGGUGACACUGAGUAGAACUAGCCUCUGCUGCUGCUUACCAACUCGCUGUUGUAACACACUUUCCAUAUGGAGCCUAACUGUUUUACAGUAUCCUCAUCGAUUUUUUCCCAUACAGGUGUGAGACUUCUUGAGAAAUCAUGAAACACACUUAAACUAUAACUUUUGUAGUAGCUGAAUUCUGCAAUAUAUAACUUACCGGACAGACAUAGAGCAUGUUUUUCUGUAACAUAUCGGAAAAAAAAAAAAAUGCAGGUUUUUUUGUUCUUUUUUUUUUUUUUUUUUUUUUUUUUACAGUCGGCACUUAGAUACGUAACAUGAACCAUAAGAGCAUUGUCAACAAUUUUUUUCCACUCGAUUGCAGAGCAAUUUAAAACAUCGAACUA